GAGCUGAGCACCGAGCACCUUCUAUGUCCCCCUCCGCGGGCGGGCCGCUGCGAGGACUGCACCUCUGCGGUUCAGAGCCAGAAGCACGGCGCUGUGGAGCGCACAGAAGACACAAGGCACCGAAAGCCUCUUCGAAAAGCGGCGCGCUGCCCCGCCUCGCGUCCCCUGACCUGGAUCUUCCUCCUCACAGAAGGAGCGUUUCCGGCGGGGGAGGGGAAGUUCCAUCCGUCGUGGUAGGCUUUGCGAUGGGGAAGAAGCACAAGAAGCACAAAGCAGACAAGGCGGAGUGGCGGUCGGCUUCCACCACCGCCUACAGCGAUUAUGUAGACAAGCCUUUGGAAAAACCUUUAAAGCUGGUUCUGAAGGUUGGAGGAAGUGAAGUAACUGAACUUUCUGGAUCAGGACACGAUUCUAGUUAUUAUGAUGACAGAUCAGAUCAUGAGCGAGAACGACAUAAAGAAAAGAAGAAAAAAAAGAAAAAGAAGUCUGAGAAGGAGAAAGAAAAGCACCUUGAUGAUGAGGAAAGAAGAAAAAGAAAAGAAGAGAAAAAGAGGAAAAGAGAAAAAGAACAGUGUGACACUGAAGGAGAGACUGAUGAUUUUGAUCCUGGGAAAAAAGUGGAGGUCGAGCCUCCUCCAGAUCGUCCUGUCAGAGCAUGCAGAACUCAGCCAGCUGAAAAUGAGAGCACACCAAUCCAGCGAUUACUAGAACACUUCCUUCGUCAGCUUCAAAGGAAAGAUCCUCAUGGGUUUUUUGCUUUUCCAGUCACGGAUGCCAUCGCUCCAGGAUAUUCCAUGAUAAUAAAGCACCCCAUGGAUUUUGGUACUAUGAAGGAAAAAAUUGCAGCAAAUGAAUACAAAUCAGUGACUGAAUUCAAGGCAGAUUUUAAACUCAUGUGUGAUAAUGCAAUGACAUACAACAGACCAGACACUGUUUACUACAAGCUAGCCAAGAAGAUACUGCACACAGGCUUUAAAAUGAUGAGCAAAGAACGGCUGUUAGCUUUGAAGCGCAGCAUGUCGUUUAUGCAGGACAUGGAUUUUUCUCAGCAGGCAGCUCUUUUGGGUGAUGAAGACACAGUGGUUGAGGAGCCUGUCCCUGAAGUUAUGCCUGUACAAGUAGAGACUACCAAGAAAUCCAAAAAGCAAAAUAAGGAAGUUAUUAGUUUCACAGUUCUAAACAGCCACAUCUGGGAAAAAAAAAUCAGACUCCUGUUUCAUAUCUGGAGAAAGAACAGUUGCAUAUUUGAACCUGAAGGAAAUGCAUGCAGCCUGACAGAUAGUACUGCUGAAGAACAUGUCCUCGCACUAGUAGAGCAUGCAGCAGAUGAAGCCCGGGAUAGGAUCAAUCGAUAUCUACCCAACAGCAAGAUCGGUUAUCUGAAAAAACAUGGAGAUGGAACUUUAUUGUUCAGUGUAGUAAAUUCAUCUGAUCCAGAAGCAGAAGAGGAAGAGACUCAUCCAGUAGAUCUGAGUUCAUUGUCAAGCAAAUUUUUACCUGCCUUCACUUCGUUGGGCUUUAAAGAUGAACGAAGGAACAAAGUAACCUUUCUUACAAGUGCUAGUACAGCCCUUUCCAUGCAAAACAACUCUAUUUUCCAUGAUUUGAAAUCAGAAGAAAUGGAACUCCUAUACUCAGCAUAUGGUGAUGAAACUGGGAUACAAUGUGCCUUAAGCUUACAAGAAUUUGUGAAGGAUGCUGGACAUUACAGCAAGAAAAUAGUAGAUGAUCUUCUGGACCAGAUCACAAGCGGAGAUCAUUCCAAAACUGUUUAUCAGCUAAAGCAGAGACGAAACAUCCCAGUAAAACCACUGGAUGAUGUUAAAGUUCUGCCAGUUCUCAUAAAAGAAGAACACAAGCUGCGUAACACCUGCCCAGAUUCUUCCAAACAGAUUAUGGUUGGUGAAUCUGCUGGAGACAGUAAUGCUUCUGAAUUGGAUUUUCUGUCUAUGAAAUCAUAUUCAGAUGUAUCUCUUGAUAUUUCAAUGUUAAGUUCACUAGGGAAAGUGAAGAAGGAGCUUGAUCAUGAUGAUAACCAUUUACAUCUCGAUGAAACAGCUAAGCUUCUGCAGGACCUUCAUGAGGCUCAAGCUGACAGAGUGGGAUCCCGACCAUCAUCUAAUUUGAGUUCUCUCUCCAAUACUUCUGAAAGAGAUCAGCAUCAUCUUGGAAGCCCUUCUCAUCUGAGUGUUGGAGAGCAGCAAGACAUAGUUCAUGAUCCCUAUGAAUUUCUUCAGUCCCCAGAAACCUCAAAUGCUACUAGUAACUAAUAUGAUGUUCUAUAUAUAUUUUGUAUUUUAAUUGUAUUGUUAUUAUAUAAAGAUUUUGUACAUGACAGAAACCUUAGUUUGUCCUAGUUUGUAUGAGGAUUUCAGUAUAAUGUUGCAAUAUAUACUGGUCAAAAAAAGAACACAAAACAAAACCCCAAAAAUGGCAGGGUACUCUAGUGCAUCACAAUGUUAGCAAUGUGCCUAGAUCUGCUUUUGCUUUUAUGUUGGAGUGUGUCUUGUCUGCUGGUAUGUGAAUUUUGACUGAAAACAGGAAGUGCUGUUUUAGAGAGUUUCUGUUCUGUAAAAACUGAAGUGGUAAUUAUUCCACCAUCAUGGCAGCAAUCUUGAAAUGUUUUCUGUAGAAUUAUGUACCAGUUUCUCUUUUGGACAUCCUCAAUGAGGAAUAUCUUACUUCCGCAGUGACAGAACGGAAUGAACUGUGGUCAUUAUUUAACUUUCCAUCUUCUACCCUCUAAUCUGUAGAAAUGGUUUGUGUUGCCCUCUCUUUGUAAAUCUUUCAUUUCAUCAUCCUGGAGAAUAUUCAAUAUGAGAAUACUGAAAAAAAAAACAGUACUUGUGGUUGCUUUAUAAUGCUUACCACACUAAUUCUACCCUGUAUCUAAAAAAGGUGGAUGCUUUUAUGAACCCUUGUGUCUUGAAAAAGGAAGAGAUUACAACGCU